UCUCUCUCUCUUCCUCUUCUUUUCUCUCUUCCUCUCUUCCUCGCGAGUGCGGAGAAGCGGCCACGUCGGUCACAGUAAAACUCUCGAUUAUAUAGUUAUAUAGAUAUACCAAAUCCCCGAAUCACGAUACUAACUUUGAUCGAAUUGAUCAAAGUGAGACAUGAGUGUGCUAAGUGACGUCCCCGAGUUGCUUUGGAUGCGUGGGGAUGAUUAGAUGUGAGUUUCGGAAGUGUUUGGGUGUUUUCGGCGCAAACCAGGAGCGAAAAUGGACUCCGGAACAAUGCUGCUGCUAAAUUGAAAAAGUGGCAUCGAGUACCGGUACCAGACAAUAAAAGGGAUGGUCGCUCUUGACUUAAGAUUCUACCUUGAAGGGCCUGUUUCAGCAAGUUGUACAUUGUCUCGAGAACAUUCCAAAGCCCCAAGGGGAAAACAUCUCUGCAAUGACAUGAGAUCGAUCUCUCUGUCAGAAAUCUAUGCUGUACUACUACGUAUCAGUCAUUUUUGUCUGCUUUGCAUGGUUGAUAAAAGACCUAAUGGAUUUACGGAAGCAAUCUUAAUGAUUGUCACGUCUUCACGAUCAUCAAUAAAUAUUAGACAUCUGGAAAAGGCUACAGUAUCUACCCGAAAGGAAAUGCUGCAUGUAAUUGGUCUAGAUGUGUGGAUGAACUUGAAAGCCAACUAUCAAACCAUGGAAGCCUUAAAAAGCUGUACUUUUUUCUUCCUUUCUCCAAACAGUUGGCAAUUUUUUAUGACAUUGGUGCUUAACACUCGACAAAAAGGUCUUUCGAAACACAAUGUUUGGUCCGGAAGGACAUCCACAGCAUUGCCGUGCAUGGCUUGGAGUAGCUAGCAGUUUUCCAGAAUGUGCCUCUGCCAUUGUCCCCGAAGAGGUGUCCUUUUUGCUUUUAUUGCUCCCAUAAUAUAAUUCUACUUGAUUGACUAAUCAAACAAGAGUAGUAUCUCUCUAUGAUUCACAAAUGAUUCUAGCUUUUCAUGAUUCAAAAAUGAUUCUUUCUUGACAGCUCAACAUUCACUACUAUAGAAGAGCAUAGGGAGCAAUUUUGAUUUCUAUUCUUGGCUCUCUUGUAAUUUGGUCUGCCAAGUAAAAGAAAUCGCAAAAUCUGGAUUAACUGUGUUACAGGAAAGGCUGAGCAGCUUCAAAAUUUUCAAAUCUUUGAGAGCAUCGACUUUUAAUUUGCUUCAGAGAAAAAUUGAGUAAAGCUGUUAUAAUUUUUUUAGGUUUGUAAAGAGAGGGCAAUGGAAGGCCUGAUAAAUUGAGACGCCAUUUUAUAUGUGGAGUCUUUGAUCGAAUCCAUUAUGGGCGGAUUGGAAGGCCUGAUAAUUAAAUAUUUUAGAUUCUGAAAGUGGAUUUGGUUCAGUAGAGAUGCAGGUAUGCAAAUAAUUCCUCAACUUUUAUUUUGGGGAAAAGUCUACCUGUACUCCUAUAGGAAGGUAUAUAUCCUACAACUAUCAGAUCCAAUGGCUGAUAUUAACCCAGUAGCUUCUAACCUCACCCCUUUUUUACUUCUUGCUAAAGCUAACUUAAAUUAAACCCUACUACACUUCUCUCUCCCGCACAGCUCCUCUCGCUAUCUCUGUUUCUCGCUCUCUCUCGCUUCCUCGCUUUCUCUCGCUCCCUCGC